AGAUGUUGGAGGGCCAGUAUUUUCUUAUCAUAUGGAUUAUAUUGACGGUGAUUUACAGACUUCUAGAGCGGAUUUAAAAGGUAUAAUCACAGGAGGUAUAGGGAAUUUUGCUUUUGCUACAAAAUUAGAAAGAAUUCGUGCAGCGGCAAAUGUAGAUAUUGUUACUUCUAUG